UAUACCAAAAUCGUUACAAUGGUGGAAAGGAGAAGAAAGCUGGGAUACAAUGAGCUGUACGUAAUUGGACUUUGGACUAUGUUGAGGUUAAUUAUUGACGUGGGAGAUGCUCCAUGCAAAAGUCAAAGAGUGUGGGUCUGUGUGUUCGUGCAUGUAAACUAAUCAGGGCUGUUUCCUGAAGACCAUUAUUAAAUGUUGAAUAAUAUCAAAGGUCUCUAUGUUGUUCGGCGGGGAAUAUAACAUCACGAAAGACGACAUUGACAAAUGGUUCUUGGAAUCCAACGGUUAUGAACCACAGCUGCAACUUUAAUAUCAUACUCCCAGCUUCAAACUACUCCUCCACAAGUUGGUAGCUUCCUUCUUAGUUCUUGUAAGGAGUGACCAAAGAGCUUCAUUCACAUUCUCCUUGCUCAGGUGUUUCAAGCCACAUACCACGGGGAAAAACAGGAAAGAAAGUUUUGUUUUACUGAUUGAAACACCAGAAUGAAAGUGUCCACUAGAGCGGUUGAAGCUACAGAAGCAGAUAUUAGGCCAAGAAACUCUGAGCUUGUUUCUGAGGAAGAAGUACGUGGGUCAUUGGAGCAAAAUAAUGUUGACUACUCUGUAGAGAGGAAGAAGUCACUGCGAGCCCGUUAUUCAUAUGGCAUUAUCUUCUUGGUAACAAAUCUUAUUGCUUGGUUUGUCCGUGACUAUGGACAAAGGCUUUUACCUCAGCUACAUUAUCUAAGAGCAUGUGGAACUGGGGCACGCGAUUGUUUUCGAACGCUGGGAGUUCUUCGUGUGAGUUUAGGAUGUUUUAUAUUUUUCUUUAUAAUGUUUCUUACAACAUCUAAAACAAGGAAAUUGUUUGAAGCUCGCAAUAAUUGGCAUUCAAGAUGUUGGGCAUCUAAGUUUUUCCUAUUCGUUGUAUCCGUUGCAGUUCCAUUCUUCUUCUCUUCAGACUUUAUUCAAUUAUACGGCGAAUUUGCUCGUAUUGGUGCAGGGAUUUUUCUCCUCCUCCAACUCAUAAGUGUUAUCCAGUUCAUCAAUUGGUGGAAUAAUUACUGGAUGCCUGAUAAGGAAAUCAAGCAAAGCUGCUCCCUUGGGUUAUUCACGUCAACGCUUUUCUACAUUGCUUCCAUAUGUGGAAUUGUGUUAAUGUACCCAUUCUAUGCCCAAAGAUCGUCAUGCACACUCAACAUAUUUUUCAUCACAUGGACUGCAAUUCUGCUAAUUGUGAUGAUGGUUGUAUCCUUGCACUCCAAGGUCAACCGAGGUCUUUUAUCUUCGGGGAUUAUGGCUUCUUAUGUUGUUUUCCUCUGUUGGUCUGCAAUCAGAAGUGAACCUGCCACUGUGGAAUGCAACACAAAAAAGCAAGUGACUGGAAACAGUGAUUGGACCACCAUACUUAGCUUCCUGAUGGCAAUAUGUGCAAUUGUCAUGGCAACCUUUUCAACUGGGAUUGAUUCACAAUCAUUUCAGUUUCGCAAAGAUGAAGUUCAACAGGAUGAUGAUAUUCCUUACAAGUACGGAUUUUUCCACCUGGUAUUCGCCUUUGGGGCCAUGUACUUUGCCAUGUUAUUUAUCAGUUGGAACCUAAAUGACUCAGCCAGGAAAACAAUCAGGUGGAGCAUAGAUGUUGGCUGGGCAAGUACAUGGGUGAAAAUAGUCAACGAGUGGUUUGCAGCCACAAUAUACUUAUGGACUCUGAUCUCCCCGAUUGUGAUACAGAACAAAGUCAGAGAUCAUGAUGAGCCUGUGCAACAGACAGCUGACUCGACUCUGCCAUGAUUGGCAAUGAAAAAUGUAGCUUCCCCCCACACCCCCCUCCCUCCCAAACACCUACCUUUGGUUUGCUUUAGCUUUUCUCCCUUAUUAUAUUGUAAUAAUUCUUUCAGCCUUUGUUAUUCUUCAAUCAACAUAAAUGACAAAUAAACUUUCAUGAAAAGAAAGAAAAAAUUAGGGAUGGUAA